CUAAGCAAUACAUAAUAGCUAGCGCUGAAAGUCAUUCGAUUUCAAUGUUUCAUUAUAUAUAUAUGCAAAAGGAGAUUCCGCGUGCAGUUAAACAAUUAACCAAAAAAAUUGCCAAGAAAUAAACAGCUCAUUAUAACCAAUUGCGUUUUUUGGAUUUGGACCGCAUGGGAGCACAAUUUCAAUUUACAUUAAGCAAGCAACGUUGAUCCAGUAACAAAACCUGAUAUCUGUAUAGCACUUCAUGCUUUACUCAUUAAAACACUUCGCGUUCUAAUAUAGAUUUAUCUUGAACGGUACAACACGUAAGCGGCAAAUGAUUUAAGGACCAAUGUUGGAAUAAACAGUGAAGCUUGAAGCAAUUACUUGUUCUCCACAAUAAGACUCAAUGUCAUCCCAAUUUAUAAGUUCCUUCUAGAGUAAUAAAUUGAGCGAAAAUGAGCUUGGCUUUCUGAAGCCGCCUCGGAAGUUUGGUGACGACAAUUUGUUCAACUCGAAAUAAAAAAGAUGACGCCACAACAUAGCUUUUACUGAGGUAAGAGUAGUGAGCCGUCAGCUACUGCUCUACGUGUAUUCGGCAAGCGUCUGCUUCAAGCAUUGUUGUGUCUCAGUGAGAGAGGGUUUCUCGAUUUAUCAAGCACGUGGAGCUCUUGGUGAUCACUCGAAGAAAUCGAACGAUUGGAUAUGAAUCUUGGUUAUGUUGUUACGACAGCACUUGGACAUAAAGAUAGAACGUGAUUACUCAGUAGUUGCUUCUAAUGAUACGUGAGCCAUUGUUACAGGCUGUAAACGACUUAAAGUUAACUUUUUGUGCAAACGAUCCUGAGAUACUGCUGGCAGCAUGUAGGCUUGUAGAAGGGCAAUGCGAUGCCGUGGACCUUAACCUUGGAUGUCCACAGGCUAUAGCACGUGCGGGCCACUAUGGCGCUUUCUUGCAGGACGAAUGGGACCUUGUCGCUUUAAUGGUCUCGAAGGUGCAUCAAGAACUCCCAAAUUUGCCAAUAACGUGCAAGAUUCGCCGGUUUGAUGAUCGGAAACGUACUAUAGAGUAUGCGCGUACCCUUGUAAAAGCUGGUUGCUCGAUGCUCACCGUACAUGGACGAACACGAGAAAUGAAGGGCAGGCUGACAGGCAUCGCGGAUUGGUCAUACAUUAAAGAUGUUAAAGCGAAUAUACCAAUCCCUGUAUUCGCUAACGGUAAUAUUCAGUUCUUCGAAGACGUACAGCGGUGUAUUGAAUAUACAGGAGUUGAUGGUGUAAUGUCUGCCGAAGGUCAGUUGCAUAAUCCCGCCCUCUUCACCUCCGAAAAUCCGCCUAUCUGGAAAAUGGCUCGAGAAUAUCUUGAAAUCACUAAGGAGCAUCCGUGUCCGUUCUCAUUUAUGCGGGGUCACAUCUUUAAAAUUUUGCAUCAUGCCAUUCAACAUCCGGACAAUUAUUAUCUACGGGAAAAAAUAGCGAAAGCAGACACAGUAGACGAUUUUAUAAUUGUCAUUAAAGCGCUGGAAGAGAAAUAUGAAGGAGCUUUUGAUCGUAGGGAACUGUCGGGCUGGGAGAAGCAAUGCGGCCUUCGACCCUUGGCCAUUUGGAGAUGCCAACCAUAUGUGAGACCCAAUCCAAAUAAAGAACCAAACGAAGUCCCUAAACGUGAUACCGUUGAGGAAUAUCGUAAACUUUUGGAGAGUACGGCUAAGUUGAAGCGACCCCUUGACGUGAAUCUCGAAUCGUUGUCUAAAAACAAGCUCAAGAAGCUGCGUCGGAAUCCAACUAAAAUCUUCACAAUAUUGGCAGAGAGGCCUGAAUUUCCUCUAUGUACGCGUAAAGAGUGCAAAAACCCAAAGGGAGCAAAAUGUCCCUACACAAUGUGCCGUGCCUGCUGCCGGGCUCAUGUACAGACCAACGAGUUGAACUGCGAGUCCCACAAAGCGUACUUCGAUCCGCUAACAAAAUCUAAUGAACCCGCGAAAGACCGACCAGUGGUUGGCGAUCUACACAAAAACGGAGAUAAAGUAUCAUUGUGAGACGAGUCCUUCUAGGAGUAACUAAUUCACUUCUGUAUCAUGUACAUAUCAUGUACAUUUUAGAAUGCUAUGUAUGCUAUAAAAUUAAUAACUAUUUACAUUAUUUCGGCAUUCAGGAGCUUAUCAUACGUCUAAGUGAUAUAUUCCGCCUUUGGGCUUCAAGGCGUUUUACCUAUGCCUUUCUUGAGCCCACGAUUAAAUUUGGUAUCAUGCCACCAAAUUAGCUGAUAACGGUUGCGGUACUACGGCGUUAAAGGCUGGGUGAAUAUUUAGCGUUUAAUAAAUAAAAUAAAAACCGUUAAUUAAUUUAAAAACAUAUCUUUUUAAGUGAAAUGUGUUAAGUUUUAACUACAGUUUUGUUAAUGUGAUCAUCCUCGUAGCUUACCUAAAAUAUGUUACUAUUUCUAACAAACUUGCUAUUUAGCAAUCAUAACACAAUUUAAAUUUAAACGUGCUUAAUUCAACUAAAACCAGAAAAACCAUGAAACAUAUUAUGAAAAUUCCGUACAAGCCAACUUAGUGAUGACACACCUAUGAAAGGAAAAAUCUGUAUCUACAAGUAAACCGCUGGCGCAGAUUACAACGGCCAAUACACUUUAUUCAUAAUUGAGGACCCUUGUCAAUUGAUACACUUGUAAUAAUAAUAAUAAUACUUUUAUUAUUAUUAUUAUUAUUAUUGUUUAUAUGAAUAUAUACACACACACACACGCGAGCACACACGUUCUCGGCACACCCUUCCCGGGUAUAGCUUUUCACCGUUUCGUAAACUAAUUCUUCAAUCAUUCUAUACACCACGCAGAUUUCCUCAACUAUAAAUUACGCGUUGAUGCUAAUGUUUAUACUUUCGCAAAUCCUUCACCACCAUGUGUUGUAUAUUCCUCAUCAUUAGCGUAGAUCCAUUCCAUAAAUCCGAAUAGUAACAAUAACAGAAACUCUGUUCUAUCGAUUGGAUAACGCUAGCCGCUCGUUCAAAUGGAGCAAAGUGUUAUCGUUAAAGAAACACGUCGCAAAUUGACUAGUGUGCUAAUACGUUUGCGUCGACCAAUAUAAUAAUAAUAAUAAUAGUAGAAAGGGCAAUAUUGCUUUAUUUUUACCAAUAUAUUUGAUUCAAGACAAAAUUAUACAAAGAACAAUAGACGCGAUAUUUUCGUAUCCUACGAUCCUCGUCUCUUCGAUUUUACCACCAAAAACUACAUUCGUAAAAUAUAGUAAUAUGUCUAUAUAUAUGCACAAAAUGUUCAGAGCCGACGACUCCUGAUUAGUUGCCAGGAAAAUGAAUAAGAAAAGCUCCUUUUUUUCGCCUACCGUAGACGACUGAGAGUAGCAUUCUUUAUAAGCAGAGGAAAUGAAUGAACGGCUUAUAUGUCAUCUAUACUUUUCUUCUUUUAGUUGGUUUCUAUAUUGUAGAUUCACUUUAUCUUGUUCUAGCCACAAACCGUUAAUCAAAAAAGAUUAGAUGUAUAACGAAAUCUUCAUUGCUAGUACGUGAUUAUUUACUCAGAUGUCAGGCAGGUGUAAAGAAACUCAAAAACCCCCAAAAAAAAUUAGGUAAAGAUAAUUUCGAAAAUAAAACUGUUUUGGGAGAAAUAAUACUAGAAUCUAUUUCUCAGAAUAAGACCAAUGCUGCGACAUGUCAAUAUCUCAAAACUAUUGCUUAUGCUCUUCCUGCACUACUUCAGUGGAUUACAAGCUCAAUAUGACUGUUAUCACCAAUGCCUGUAUAUACUUUCAAUUACCAAUACGUACAUAGAUGUAGACAAAAAGCCGAUUUGACGUCAGUUUUUGCGAUGGUUUCAAAUGAGUCAUUAAACAAGAUUUUAUAUGUGCAAUUUUUUGCAAGAGCUGAAAUAUUUCAUUGUUAGUAUUCACUCUACAAGGCUAUUAUUGUUCGUGUCGCUGUGGAAACCAAUUAUAUAUAUAUAUAUAUAUAUAUAACAUUAUAGUAAAAGGAGAUUUUAAUAUAAUUUUCGUGGCUUGUUCUUUUCUGAAUACAAAAAAAACGCACUCUCUGGGCGUCAUGAUACAAUUUUUCGGUCUCUAAUUAUGUUCAAGUUGGUCUAAAAAAACUAUCGCGUGAACUCUUCAGUUUUUUCUAGCUUCGUUUCAUUAUCCACAGAAUGACUGGUGACUACUCAGCUAAAUCGACUUAACCUUGCGAACAUGUGCCUGACGUGACUGUGGGGGCUUACGCCGUCAUUAAUGUGACUACUGAUUUCUCAUUUCACCAUUACCCGAUUGUAAAUUGCAAAUAUGUAAAAACGAACUGGAUCAUUUAAGUCACUUUAGUUGCAUCUAACAGGAAGUCUUAUAUCUCAUAUAAGAUGUAAAUCAUAAUCAUCAUCACAUUUGCUCUAAUCAAUAGUAUCGGAAUAGUUAUUUUUGUGGUGUUUCUCGAAUAUUAGGCAAUGUGUAUUUCUAAAGGUACAGUCCCCCAUUCGUGCUUUGCUUAGCACCAC